AUGGUGCUGGGUCAGAGGGACGACAAUGCCAUCCCCAUUCCCGCCGUUUUUAUAUUUGUUCCCGGUAUGCCCGUCGUAGUUAACCAAAACACCCACCAGGGCCUGAAGGUGGUUAACGGCGCUGCCUAUACAGCCCUAGACGUCAUCCUCGACAAAGCGCACCCGGGCCACCGCGUCAGUGCCGAUACCAUCCUCCACUUCGGUCCGCCGGCGGGCAUCAUGCUGGCGUCCGAAACGACGAGGGACCUUCACUUCGUGGGCAUGCCGGCCGGCACCGUCCUCCUGACGCCUAUCAGCACAAAAAUAAAAAGCCAGAAAAAGCGGCCGUGGAAACGGGGCGACGUCGUCCGCCGGGGUUUGCCGUGCGUAGCAGCGUUUGCCUGUACGGAUUACAAAAUGCAAAGCAGGAUAUUGGACCGGGCGGCGCUGGAGCUGCGCGGGACGCGGACGACAACGGUGAACGGGGAAGCGGUGCCCAGCCAAUGCGACCCUUACAGCCUCUACGUGCAGCUGUCGCGAUGUAAGACGCUGGACGGCAUCACGCUCCUGUCCAAGGCGCGGGAGCGUGACUUUGUGGGCAACACAGUGCCCGAGGAGAUGUCGCAGGCGGAGCAAGCGGAGUUAUGGGGCUGGCCGGAAGAAGGUUUUGAUUGA